UCAUUUUAUGAGCUAUGACAGGGCGCAUUUUAGCACACUCCCUCCCUCCCUCCCACCAUCUCUUCUUCUAAAUACAGGAGAAAGGGGAGCAAAGAAAAAGGGAAUCAAUCUCUCUCUCUCUCUCUCUCUCUCUCUCUCUCUCGAAUCAGAGAGCACAGGGGUCAGCAGUAAACACUGAAAGCCUCCAACCCAAAGAAUUGCAUAGUGACAUUACAUUAGAAUUCAGAUACACCCAGAGAUUCUUUGUCUCCCUGGAAAAAGCUCUGAUGUUACCACUCUUCCACUCAUACUGACCCCAUAUAUGCAACAAAUACUACUUCUUCAUUCUUUUCUCUUCUUCAAAUGGACGAAUUUGUUUUUGUUCUCAACUGCGACCGCCCGGCUUGUGCUGUUCUUGGAUUGCUUUCUCUUCUUUCUCCCCUCAGUUACACCCUCCGGAGCUAAAAAUAAACAAUAAAAAUCUCUCCUUUGGGAGCUUUUCUCUCUCGUCUCUCCCUCUCUCUCUCUGGAAUGGCUUGCAAGAGCAAGAUAGCUGGGAGGUUGGAUCCGGUGAGAAAGAGGAGUGGCGGGUUGAGAACCAAGCAGGCGGGUCGUGGGUCUUGUAGAGGAAGUUAGGAACAAAGACAGCAAUGAUUGAUAAUUCCUCUUCGUAGCUGAUAACUCUUCAAUUUCUUCUUCCCCCCCUUCCCUAUAAUCUCUCUGCAACAAACAAGGAAAGAAAGUUUUAUUCUUUAUACAUAUUAUAGCUAUGGGCUAUUUGCUGAAGCAAGCUUUGAAGACUCUCUGUGGAGUCAACCGUUGGUCUUAUGCUGUUUUCUGGAAGAUCGGUUGCCAAAAUCCCAAGCUUUUGAUUUGGGAAGAAUGUUAUUAUGAACCCCCCGAAGUCUCGAGUUCAAAACUAGCUUUCAAUAAUUGGGGUGCUUGCUGGGCUUCGGAUGAAGUUCUUAAUUCUCGACCUGUGCAAGCAGGGGAGGGAGUUCAAGCGCUUGUAAAUAAGAUGAUGAUGGAAAAUCAGUUCAAAGUAGUGGGAGAAGGACUUGCUGGACGAGCUGCAGUUACCGGGCAUCAUCACUGGAUUUUAUCACAGGGUAAUAGCAGAGAGGCGUACCCACUAGAGGUUUUGAAAGAACUUUCUCAACAAUUUUCGGCUGGCAUUGAGACAAUUGCCGUUAUUCCUGUUCUUCCUCACGGUGUCGUUCAACUUGGUUCCUACAAUGUGGUAAUGGAGAAUAUGGUUUUUGUGAACAAUGUGAGGAUGGCGAUUUGUGAACUAGGAUGUAUUCCUGGCGUCUUGCUAUCCGGUGAAGAUGCAAUGAGAGAACCCGGGGUCCCAAUCCAUGUAGGAAAUUCGAUUUGCGAAGAUUUUGUUGGGGGAUCAAAAGUAUUGGACUCGGUGCCUAUUGCAUAUAGAAACUCCGAGACUAAUUUGGUCCUGUCUGAGAUGCAUGUAGGCCAUCAGACUUGUUCCUCGUUUGUCAGACAAAACACGGGGGAUCUAUGUUCUAGCGAUGCUACUUUUGGGGACGCCCGUUAUUCCCCGAGCUUUGUCGAGUACCAUGAUGAUGAUCACUGUCAAUCAAAAGCUCGUCCAAACUUUCCUCCAUCAAAUCCCAAUCACUGGUCGAAUCAACACGCUUAUUUUUAUGUCCCCGGACCUCCUUCCCGUCAGCAAUCUCCUUUCGAAUCGAUGAUGGUUCCGGACCGUAUCGAAAAUUCUGUGGUUCCCCCAUCUGUUGGAGCAAACCAAGUAUGUAAUGGAGUAGAAAUGCAUCCGAAAUCGAGUCCAGUUCUUGAUUCGUCUUCUUCGGGUGCGGUGAACGAUUUGCUGCUUGCAACACAUCCUUCAAGUGCGGGGUUUGAGCUGGAUGGGAUUAGGGGAAUGGAAGAAAAUGAUUUAUUCCAAGCACUUGGCAUUCAUAACGAGAAUCUGAGUUCUUCACCCCCCAAGUGCAUUCCCGAUUUUAGUUAUGAUGUUAAACACGAAUAUGAUAAUACGUUUUUCCAAGAUCACUCGGGGGAUGACCUUUUCGAUAUUCUGGGAGCCGAUUUUAAGAAUAAACUACUAAAUGGUAACUGGAACGAUUUCCAAAGUAGUGGGCAGGACACGAUAACAAUGGAUAUGAGCAAGAACCCUUCUACAUCUAUGAUUAGUAAGGACGCCUCUUCAACCGUCAACCAAGGGAAGUCAGUUGAUCAUCUCUUCGAUUCUUUGGCUGCCAAGAAAAGCGUGGACGAUAAUGUUUCUUGCUGGACCACGGUGACGAAUAUGAGUAGCUCCUCAGGCCCCACUGCUUCGGGCUCCUAUGGUCAAGUAUCAAUGCCUGUUGAAAUACACGGGGGAUUAGUUGGUUUCCCCAGGUCUCUUACGGACUCUGCUAUUAUGGGCUCUUGCUCGUUUGGAUCGGAGUCUUCCAAGGAAACUGCUGGAGCGUUUUUGCACAGUAGCUCGAUCUAUGGAUCACAGAUGAGUACUAGUGUUUCGACAGCACAAUCUAAGAAGCAUGAUGAAACGAGCAAAACAAGUCGGAAAAGGCUGAAACCAGGAGAGAAUCCUAGACCUCGGCCAAAAGAUCGCCAAAUGAUUCAAGAUCGUUUGAAGGAGUUGCGAGAAAUUGUGCCUAAUGGAGCAAAGUGUAGCAUUGAUUCACUUCUGGAACGGGCUAUCAAGCAUAUGCUUUUCUUGCAGAGCAUCGCGAAACACGCAGACAAACUAAAACAGAUUGGAGAGUUGAAGAUCAUUAGUACAGAUGGCGGGCUAUGCUUGAAAGAUAAUUUUGAUGGAGGGGCUACAUGGGCAUACGAGGUUGGCUCUCAGUCUAUGGUCUGCCCUAUCAUUAUCGAGGAUCUGAACCAGCCUCGUCAAAUGCUCGUAAAGAUGCUUUGUGAAGAACGAGGCUUAUUCUUGGAAAUCGCUGAUGUUAUUCGAGGAUUAGGAUUAACUAUCUUGAUAGGAGUCAUUGAAACAAGGAACCAGAAGAUAUGGGCACGAUUUGCUGUUGAGGCUAACAGAGAUGUAACAAGGAUGGAGAUAUUCGUGUCGCUUGUUCGCCUCUUGGAGCAAACGACAGCAACAAACGGAGCAGAACCAUCCAACGCGAACGAAAUCGAACCCGUUAAGGAUCAUCAGUUCAACCAUGGCGCGCCAAUACCAACGACGACGGGUCAGGCUCGAAUGUUGCAGUGAGCUUGUGCAUGGUGUCUGGAUAUGUUGAGAGCCAGCUCAAAAUGUGUUGCUAGCUAUGACUAACUUGUCCAGGCAGAUACUACUGGUGAUCCAAUUGAGGAGAUGAAUGUGUGUUUUUUCCUUUCCCCUUUUACCAAGUAAAUAUAUUAUUGUAGCAAUCAAAUGGCAUAGGAACAUAUUUGUUCAUUUCAAUCUAAUGUUCAUCAACAUGCAUCUCCAAUGUCUCUUUCCUUUUCUGUCUUUUUUAUUUUUAGUUUUUGUUUGUGUGAUCUGUACUCGUAUCUGCAUCCUGCGGUAUAUAAUAAUCCAGUUGAACUUUGGUUGGGUCUUA